ACAGUGAGCCAGUUGCGUGGAUAUCAUAAGCCGCGCUCGUCGCCUACCGCUCAUUCCGCCGCGAGCUGCCGGCCACGCCGCACGUACGUCGCGACAAUGAUCGAUUACGCGCUCCCCCAUCAAAAUAUGCAUUACGAUCCGUACUACCCAUCUACUUCACCGGCGCCCGCGCGCCUUGACGACUUCCAAGUUUUCAAGAAAGGAACUGCUUCUCACAUCUACGGAAAUUAUUAUUCAGGCGCACCCUACGACUUGUACCCAGAGCCCGAGAUUGACAGCGCCAUGAACCUGUACCACAACCUGGUCAGCUGUCGCGACUACCCUCGCGGCAACCGGGACGACUGGAAGUUCAAAGUCGUGGACGCCUGGAACGAGGAUGACACCGUGUCCUGGAUGAUCGACACCGUCCAGUACUUGGGGCAUUGUGAAACCGAAAUACCCUUCUACAACUUCAGAGUUAAAGGAUUUGAGCUGAGAAAUAUGAAACGUGAGGAUGUGCUCCACAGGAUGCUCCACCCGAGCAUCGACCACAUAACUUCGAGACGGAUUGCUGAUAGUGUGUAUGAGAAGUUGCAGAACCGUCUCCACGAAGAACUAAUAAGCCAGCCCUCCAUAAUAAAAUACGCAGACGUCGACCCGUACCAUAGCCAAGAGUCCACCAACACGAUGCUUGACUUGGACUCCCAGGACCACAAGAACACACUGUACGCCUCCGACUACACCCCCAACGACAGUACUCUCCUGCAUCAAACUGACUCCAGCGAUGACACUGAGGACGUGUUCCGUUCCUCGGAGACUGCGUCCCCGGAGUGCUCGUACGGCAGUGAUGGAAGCAAAUCUGGAGACGAAGAUGACAAAAGGAAAAUAUUCAAGAGACCGCCCGGCAGGCCGAAGGGCAGUGGUCGAAGACCGAUGAAGCGUCCGAGGAGCGUGUCCGUGCCAGAGUUCCUGAGGAACUUGCUGCUGGAUUCCAAAUACUGUCCGUCAAUCAUCAAAUGGGAGGAUCACUCUCAGGGAAAGUUUAGGUAAGUUUCUUAACCAAUUUUAUAUUUUUGCACAUGAUGAGUUACUAGAAGUAAGUUGUCGUGACUUGGAAAUUUGUUUACUGUGGUCACAUCUCACUGUUUCGCUCAUACAUUAUUUAUCACGUACGAGGCACGUGGAGGCACCGGCUAACAAUAAAAUAUAUUACAGUUAAACUAUUGAAGCUGCAAUGUGCUCAGCCGAUGCUUAUUGAUCAUUAGUUUUAGUCUUACACGACACACAUGUAUGUGGCGAGGAACUGUCUUGGCAAGUUAAUGAUUGCAACGGUGUCAAGUAUAAUUGUGAACACUCUGUUAUCUGUCUUAUUGUAACGUGCGGCGGUAGAUGGAUGCAAGCUUGCCGCGUAACCUUAUCAUCCUUUUAAUUACCAUAAUGGUCAUUAAACUGGUGACCAGAGCUCCUUGAUUGUAAGGAGAUACAGCAAACAUGUAAUUACUCAUUGGCUUAACGGGCGAUCAGUGUUGGUUUGCAGCGAGUGAUCAAGGUGCGACAUAAUUUCACAUGCAGGGCCGUCUUGUUCUAUAUGCAGAUGAUCAUCAGCCAGCAUGUCGUUCAAUACGUUUUAAACGCACGUAACACUAAUCUUUGCAACAAUUUCUAUAUGCAUUGGUUAUGUCAUGAAAAUGUUAUAGGAAAUUAAAAACGGGCGGGUAGAUUCUGAUUUUAAUGAAAGUAAGACAAGUUAUAAAAACUUAAAAACAAUACAAUACUCUGGUAAAUAGAUAGAUUGACACCUGCGGUAGUUAAAAGUAAUCAAGAUGUAACACAAUUGAACAAUUAGGUAGAGGAAGGUCUGUUGCUACGUUGCGCUUGCCGAACUAUCUCUAAACAACUUUUGAAAAAUCUCCUUCAGUUGUGCAGUAAACAACACCGGUGCAAGGCUAACAUUGCAUUAUUUUUACCUUUUUCUAUAACACAAAAGAUAACUAGCGAUAGCCUUGCUUAUCUCCCUAGAGGUCAUGAUUAAGGAUUUAUGGACACGCGAUGGCUACCAUUUAAUCAGUAAUUAAUUAUAUUCUAAUUGGUCUAUAAAACGAUUGUUCUAAUAUUUUAGCAUUGUCAAUUACACGUGCUUGUUUUCGUUCUAUUUACUCGAUUCUUUCCUUGUCCUUCGUGAAAAGCGUUUUGUUUGAAUCAGGAAAGUUCGCGAGAUCCUAAUGUCAAGAUCAGCAGCUUUAAUAGGCGUUUAACGAGUGUUUUAUAGGGCCAGUCACCUCCACCGCUGCAUGCGCCGGGUCACAGGCAACACUUGUAGUAUUGUAACCAGUAUUCACCUAGAUCAGUAGCACAUUAAAUGCACGUGGCUUACUUGUAUGUGCAAUUAUUCAUAAGAUCUAUAUAACACGAUUGGUGUAAGGAUAAGUUGUAUUAGGCUCGCACAAUCCUUUUGUCUCAAGUUCGUUGGCUUUGAUACAGUGACUGGUCAUACCAUCGCCUCUGAGGAUCAUUGAAAUAAAUCAUCGGUUUAGCAAAUGUUCUCGAGUGCUUACAAUAACCCAUACCGUGGUUUUGUUUGUUGUUUUUAUCUGUCGCCUCAACCUUGCCGUGCCGGUUCGACGCUGGCCUCGCUCAAUGGUUCACAUGUACACGAUACACCUUAACUAACACAAAUUCAGUCUUAUUUGUAAAAUGUUUAAGUCUAAAUUAUGUUGGCGUGUCUUGUAAAACGUUUAACAGCUUUAUUUAUCAAUGUAUGGAUCUCGUUUUGUUCCAUUAUGGUGCUUAUUACGAUCAGCAUUGUUGUUAAUUUCGUUUGCAUCAUUUGCGAGUGCAAUUCGUUUUCAGUGGGAGUGUUUCGCUUUAGUGGUUAGAUAUAAUAUGGCAACAGUGCCAACUAUUGUAUAUAGAGAUAAAUAAUUUGCGGAUUAAUAUAUUAAUCAGAAAGCAAGUUUCAAUUAUAGCGUAAGAUGUGUAGAAGUUUUCUUUGAGCAUAGAAACAGUCCACAGUAUGAAGUACCAUCUUUACAACGAUCCCAAAGGUCACCACAGUAAUAUACACUAACACUAGUAUUAUCAUUAAGUACGACUGUGUGCAGUUUUUAUUGCUCGUCCGAGGUGGCCUGAAGAUCUCCCAACCGGUUUCUGUGUAGGUUUAACUAGAUUUAGGAUAGAACUAUAGUGGUACAAGCGGAGGCGAUUUACGGACGAUGUAAACAAAGCGAGGCGCGGCUUCAUUGUGAAUGGAGUUAUAAAUACUGUCACACGACUAGAUCUAAUAGAGCAGUACACAAGAAUGUUGUUGCACUACAUUUAUUGACAAGUAUAAACGGAAGCAAUUAUUGCUCGUAAUGUGGCGUAAUAAGGCAUAUAAUAACGUAUCAGCACCGCUGUCGCCGCCACAGCAUUCCCAGCCUUAGAAUUUAAUGCAAAUUCACUUAACAAUCAUUAAUGCUGACUUCAUGUUUACUAAUCAAAUAUUUAUAAUUAUAACUUUUAAUGAUUCGCAUAGAAUAGAUACUUAGAAAUAAAAAAGACCGAGCGUUAAGUAACAAUUUCCUAAACUUUAUAAUAGGUACCUACAAAUUGAUUACUUAAUUCAUGCUAAUAAUGUAUCAAUUGUAAAAUCUUACAUACAAUUACAUGCGACUGACCCAGAGUCAGGUCGAGUUGAUAAAUAAGUCAAAGAUCAACACACGUCUAGUACAAUAAAGAUAACAGCACUACUGGGGAAUUCCAAGUCACAAUUAUGCUAAACUGACCAUUCAUACUAAAUGAAAUGCAAUAACCGACUGCCAAAUUGGCAAUCUAAUAGUGGACUGAGUCAUAGGAGCGUAAUAAAUGUAAUAAAGCAAGCAAUCAACACAUUAGAUAUUUUAAAUUUGAUAUUUGAUACUUGUAGUUCUUCAUUGUCUGCAGAACGAAAGAGAAACACGAAUCAGUAUUAAUGUAAAAUCCUUAUUCCUUGUCUACCUACAUAAUGUAUUACUCCUACCAUCAGUAAUACAUGUUCUAUUAAAUUUGAUUGACAUAAUGCCCCACCGAGUCAAAUUAUUGAAAUUAGCUUUGGAUAUGCAAUAUGUACAGUAUUAUGAUAAAUUCAUCGAAAUAACGAACUAAAAACUACAUCGUUAAUUAAAACCAGUCACGAUGUUACAAUCACAGCGGAAUCAAUCAUAAUAUCAACACGUUAUGGUUUAACACUAAUGUUAUCAAAUUUAACAAAAAUUAUGAAUAAUGUAAUAUUACGUUACUAGUACUGCAGCUUGAACGCGUGUUACUAUUGUAACAAUACUGUGGCGAGCUCCUCCCUGCCUCUUUGUUUAUUGAUGUCUACAGAUUUAGUUUUUUGUUUGUGUUAUUGUAUUUUACGAGCGCGUGUUUUUGUCUCCCGUGUCGCGACCUCGCGGUUUUUUGGUCACAACUGGUUAAACGUUAACAAGCAAUCUUGCGUUAAACUUUACAGACGUGCAUCUGUAACGCUUGCAUUUCAUUCUACACCACAAACACCAUCUUCAUUAAUAGCACCUGUACCACCGUACUAGUUAUCGAGUAAACAAAACGCAUUGCAUUGAAUAUUAAACCUUAUUUCCAUUAAAUAAAUAUCUUUUCCCUAUCAAACAAUUUCAUCAGAUACGCCCUUUCAGCAGUAGAAAAAAAAUUUUACUCGUGCCGCUUUGAUAAGUAUCACAAAAAUGUACCCACUUAUAAUGGUACGGAUUCCGGGAACCCUGCUUUCCCACGCGUUUUCCUCGGCUUUUCUCAGAAUUUGCCUCCAAUAAUCAGAAAUACUGCGGAGGUACAUAGUAAAUUCGUUGACCCUUCAAGUACGUACGUUUUGGCGGAACGUGUAACGAUUUAAUUAUGUAAGUGGAUAGAUUACAAGAAAAGUUCCAAAGUUGUUCAGACGAUGCUGCAGACAGGCGGCGGGCGGCGCGAGCAGUCCGCGACUCGUUCUGUAAACUGUUAGUGUCGAGUUGAUCAACACGAGUGCAUCUCAGCAGUUGUCGAAAGUUGCGUGUUAUGAGGCGAGAGUAGAUGUAGUCGGCCGCGGUACAUGGCUGCCGCGAGGGUGGCCGGGCCGCAACUAGGGCGCCCCCCGCCUGCACCGUAGUACUAUUAUAGAUUUUUUCUUUUUCUUCCGGGGUUGCUACGCACCGCCAAGGCCGGUGCGAGCUUCCGGUUACUUUGCUGGGAUACACGUGGACCGUUCGCCUAUUUUUAUCGAUAAAAUACCCGAAGAAAAAUGUUUUGCUUACUUUUCUUAGGGUAGUUAUUAAUUUAGAGGUCUCACGGAUGUUGUAAUUGGAUACUGGGGAUUGAGAAUUAUUUUUGUGUUCGAUUCUGUUGGAAGAUUUCUCUUUGUUUGUUGACACGACACGGCGCUGAGCUCUUGUACACAAAGAUGACGAAUUAAUACAAUGGCAAAUGUUUAUACAGGUCAUUUAAAUGGCAAAACAUAAAGUAAAAUAAAAGCUUUAGAACACUAAAUGAGCAACAAAGCGUUGUGUAACGUUUCUACAAACUAAGUACAUACAGUUAGUCCACUAAUGACAUAUGCUAGUCUAACUUGAUCUCCGUGUCACUCUUGAGGUCAUUUAUACAACGAAAUAGUCUUCAAAUUAUGCAUGCAAUUUCAGUUCUUAUUUCUUAAACAACAAGUUUGGUUUUUGCAUGUGCUAAUAUAGUGUAGUCAUCUUAUUGAAGUUGACUAUAUGACGUCUAUUAUUUUUAUAUAAAAGAGUAAAAAUAAACCCCAAACAUUGGUGCUCAACAAUAAAGUUCCGAGAAACAAAACAACGCAGAUUACGCGAGAAAAAACCGAAGCAAUUGCAUGCUGUCGACAAAGAGUGGCGUAUUUACGCAGCAGCCCUGACCGUUGCCAUGGCGACGUUCCCGGGAAGCCUACAGUCACGUGUCGCGGGAACUUGUUUCCGCUUUUCGCGUUUUUCUUUUUCUCUCGUUCCACGCGCAUUUUUUCUCCCGCCCCGCACUCUCCCACUCUCGGGGGAGGUUUACUCGUGCAGCCACCCAGCCUCCCUCGCUCCCCGACAGCUCGUGUACGCGACUUAAUUGCGUCUGUGAGUGUGGUCCAGAGAAAUUAGAGCGCGUGUACCGACGUCACAGAGAACACCGACAUUAUAUUUUUUUAUUCCUAUUUACUUUAUCAUCAUUAUGAUAAAUUCUCAGCAAAGUCUUGUUGCGAUCUCAGAUAUAAUUUUAAUGAGCAUUAUACAUUACGUUUUCAUCAGUUUAGAACAAAUUACUAAGUUUUCUGCGUUAUCUAGAUUUGUAGGUACUUUUCUGAUAAAUUAUAGCGUGGAUAUUAUUUUUUAAUUUCAAUUAACACGUGAACUUCUGAAUAUUGGUAGUUAUUAACAGUUGGGGAUAAAAUAAAGUAUUUUUUGUCGAAAGAUAUCCACUCGUUAUCAGGUCCAGUUAACGAACAAAAGAAACAUUACAUAUCAGUAAAAAGGGAAUACUUUUUAUAAUUAAAUCAUUAAUACCAAAUUUGGCGUUUACUGAUAACGCCCUUUAAUUACGGACUUUAUUGUUUCUACUGAACUUUUAUCAAGGAGUACAAAUAAAUUAGUUUUUUCACAAUAAAAAACCAUAACGAGAGGUCGUAAAGGCUGCGACCCAUAUGUGUGAAGAUAAGCCCUAAUCUUUUGACCUUGUUACAAAAAAAAAAAAACUAAGCACUGUUUACACAUCGCUGUUGUAGCCAAUUAGUACAAUAUUAUUAUAUUUACACCACUAAUUAAUAUUGUAUAGGUAUCACAUUGACGUAAUGCUCCAAUAUAUAUAUUAAUAUUCUCAUGAAAACAACUAUAAAUAUGAUAAAUUGUAACUUUAAAUAAUACGGGCAAUUAGCAACGCUGUGUUGUUGUUUCAGCGCGAAUAUCUGUUAAAAGCUAUAUUAGUACCAAUGCUGGUCAUUAAAUUUAAAUACGAAUGACAUAACGGGAUAAACUGAUAUAUUUUUAGUAUAAAAUUGUUAUAUUUUCAUAUUAUGAAAAAUUUUCCUUAGAUAAUUAUUUAAAUAGCAUUUCUGAAAAACCUACCAUCACAUCACAUAUGGGUAAAAAUAAAUUGACCACAUUAUAAAAACAACAAUGUUGCAUAGCGCUCUCUGUACGAUUCAUUACUCUGUGCCCGGUUUGCACCAAAUUCCCUGUAACAUUUCUUUUUCGUGAAAAUCUAUUUAUAACUAGGGCAGCCUCGUGCUGCCUACUCCCACCAUUAUGUACCUUAACCGUAUAUACGUAGAGCGUCAUUUCGCGUGUACCAGCCUCUGGUGCGUAUAUAUAUGUAUUUUUUCUCAUAGUGGCUCUAUUAUAUUGAUUAGUAAGGCCCCCUUCUUCCGGGGAGGACAGUGUCUUGUGCAGGAUUUUUUUCUCUGGCUAUGUCUUUGUUUUUACGCUACUGUUUUGCUAGUAAAUGAGUAUUUACUUGAGCUCAAGUAGAAAGGGUUGUGUUGUUCCUUUUAACAUAAUUAGUAGAGGGCGUCUUAGAUAGCUGCCGGGCCUUAAAGGAUGAAAAAAUGCUGGGAAAGUACGAGUACCUAUAGAUACUUGUGUCUAACUAAAUUGUUGUGAGAGUGAGCAGGAACGUAAUAUAAGCAAAUGGUUUUUUAACGAUAUCAAAGUGAAAGUAGUUUGAUAUGUUUUGUUAGGAGAUGAAUUCACUUUGGAAUAUCAACCCAUUACUACAAAACAAUAGUAUACUAAUUCAUCCUCCAGACUUAUUAUUUUUCUCUUAGACAAUUCUAUUUAUUUAGCCAAAAUACAUUUCUAUCCAAAGAUUUGCGCAACAAACUAGGAGUGAAAGUUAAUCCGACUCUGUGGUCACUUCAGUAGCAGUAACGAGCAGAAACAUUGUGCAGAAUGUACGGUGAGAUAAUAUUUGAAAAGUAAAGUCGUUGCCAAGACUCCACCGUUGUACCGUGACACACACAAUUACACAGUCGAAUCUGUGAUUACAUACUUACUUAUGUACAUAGGCAUGAGAAACGAUCGUCACCUCACAGUCUGCUAUGAACAAAAUGUAAACACGGAAACUAAAUAUUAACAUAACCUAUAGUUAUUAAAAAUUCGCGUUGAAAUGAUAAGGUCAUUAUAUAUGUUUAAUUAUUAUAUAAAAACUGAUACACUCUCCCCUACGACUUCUUAAAACGUACCUACUCGUAGAUACAAGUAUUUUGCACGUCGGGAUUCCCCAGCGGCCGAUUUACCCACACAGCCACACCGCACGCACACAGCGACACCUGCGUUACGUGCUACGUAAACGCGCUGUGACGUGUGCCACCGACACUUAUGUAAAUCAACUUCAUUAAUAAUGACUAGUUUUUGUAACGGGAUUAUGAACUACGUCACAUCAAUUUAAUAUGUUGAUUAUCAAAAAUUAUCAAGUAAUAAGGAAAAUUGAUUGAGAAAAAUUUUGCAUCUGAAAAUAUGAAUAUUGAUUAAAUUUGUGGCGUGUGAGAAUCCAGUGGCAUUAUGCAGUCACAUGCAUAUGUAUGACAUAGAAUAAUGUAUUAUGCAGUUUAUUUAAUAAAGUUACCGAGAAACUAACAAUGUAUAAAAACAAAGGCACGCGGUCUUUGAAAAGUUAUUUACUAUUGAUAUAAAUAAGGAUAAUAUUGUCAAUAGAUACACGUGGACGAAAUGAUCUUAAUCCGAUGUUAUCGCGGCAGAGUUUAGACAUUUUCCUUACGAACAGCUACACCGUGUAGCGUCGCCGUGGAGUCGUCAAUCGGUAUCUACAUUUUGCGUUUGAUUUUUUAUAUCUUUUUUCUGUUGAGUCGAGCGUAACGUAACAGUCUUCCUGGCAUGUCGAGUCGUGGUUCAUUGCUUUUUACGAUGCAAUUUUGUAACGGCAACAUGGUGGAAAAUGUUCCAUUUUACCUGAAAGACGUUUUUCAUGAUUGACCCGCGACGUACGAAGCGAUCGCAGGCGCGUGCGCCGAUCUGAACGAACGUAAGGUGACGUCCACACUCAUGUUUAUUUCAAUAUUUUCGCGGGUCAAUGUGACCGCUAACUGCUAUUUACUAUUAUUUAAUAAAAAAUCGAGGCGUGUUUAUUCUCCGAUCAUUGAUUACAUCACCUAAUAGUCCCGGCACUACGCGGCCUUAUCUUUGUCAAUAAUGUGAAUCACGCGCAACUACAUGAUUAGCGCUUCUACGUGUUACUGUUUUUUAGGAGCAAAAUAAGUAGCAAAUUAGAGAACAAAAACAGGUUUAUUUAUUCAAAACUCGUUCUCAGAAAUGAAUCAAAACAAUAUCUACUUUGAGCACACGUUUAUGUGAUAAAUGACAUAGUAAACAAUCCUGGCAACGGGCAGGUAGGCGUUGUGUACGGGGACGAGUGUACGACGGCACUGUCCACCGAUACGUUGCACUGUGUGUGCAGUGAGCACAAUAUUUGCAGAACUCAGGUAUUUCUGAUUAAUACAACCGCAAGCAAACACCGAAGUACCACAACCCUCGCUAGUAAACCCUGAAAGUGUGAAUGUAACACGUUAUGACGCUACUUUAUUGCAAAAAUACGGGUCACGAUGUAAAUACCGUUCACUGAAGCAAUUAAAGCGCAGUCCGCCGCGCCCGCGCGCGCCCGCGCUAGAGCGAGACAGCUUGAGGAAAACGUGAAAUAAAAUAGUAAACACAAAGAUAUCGGUAUCAUCGCUAUCAGAACACUUUGGUAUCGAAAGAUCGCAGAUUAUACGAUCGACGUCACUUAAAUUUUCGACCCGAUCCAACAAUAUGACAAAUUAUUUUGUGACCCUAAUUUCUCAUCACUUAUCAGCGAACACGUAAUGAAUGUAAUCAGACCUUUAGGUUAAGUUGUGACAUAAUGUUAUCAGUAAUUACAAACUAAACUAUUAAACUAAACUUGCUUUGUUUUGUAGUAUCCGAGUUUUGUGAAAACAGAGCGAUGGAUGAUGACGCAAACUGGAUUCAAGGUGUUUGUAAAAAAUGGCAGCACGUGAGCCGCGCCCGCGCUGUUCGAAUUUUAAACAGUUGAAAAUGGAACCACAAUCAGUCAAUAUGAAUAAAAUGCAUUGUUAUUAUGCCAGUGAUAGUUUACUGAUAUUAGAGACUGGAGUAUUUGUUACUUUGUGUGUGGAACAUGUGAUCCUACGUACCUCGGUCCGACUAAUUUACAUUUUCUCGGAAGUCCUAACGUCUGGUUUAAAGCAUCCGUUUCGUUCCACUAUUGUAUUCGAUUAUGUUAAUUAAUAUGCUAAUAUUGCAAUUCGUGACACGAUUUAUUUGGUUCCAAAAAUUUUGGCGUCUCCAUCGCUUUACUGUAUUUCUGAGAAGUUUAGACGUAAAAUAGUUUAUCUUCCGGAUCUUAGAGCAUAGCAACACAAUGUUCAAGCUUCAAUAGACCGUAAGCACAUGAGAACUAUCUUUGAAAUAUGGUUUAAAGUACUUUCCCUCGAAAUAGCGAACUGUUCGUGACUGUAGCCGACACAUCACACCACAACAUGUUUUAGUUGCCAUGUCAUUACUGUCUGAUUGAAAGAACUACUAUUAUUGUUAACACAGCUCUCAUUUUUUGCAAAUAUCAAUCUAUAAUGUGAAAUAAGAA